AAACGAUGGUUUUUUCUUAUCGGCCCGAGUUUUGAACUAAAACUUUGUGUAUUUGAUAGAUGUGCGGAAUUGUGCAUGUUGCAAAAAAUCUGGGAGAAACAAGCCCGGCGUAUCAAUUCUAAGUCCACAUACCGUGAUAGAAAAAUGUUAAUUUGGAUCAAAUAUGGUAAUAUUUUUAACUUAUGCGACUGCAAUUUUCACUUAUCGAUGUAAUGCUAUCUUUUGGCAGAAUUUCUGGAUAAGUAGUAAUAAAAUUAUACAUCUUCCCAUGCAAGGAUUACUUAAAACUUGUAACGUUGGUCGACUAAUAUGUUGUCGACCACUUUAAGUUGGGGACCAGUAUGACAUGUUCGACAUAUACACUGUUUCGACCAAUUUUCUGCCGACCACAUAUCUGUUUUGUCGACUAAUCAGGUUUCGACGAAACGUUUGUCGACCAUUCGUCGCUAACCUGAAAAUUUUGUGUAAGACCCUAUGUCACAUUGUCACAGGGCGAAAACAGGACAUGCUUGAUUUUACUAAAUUACUAAAGCAGGAAAUUGUGCAGUCAAAAUGAUAAGCCCAACUUCGAUUUCGAUAUUUUUGCUGACCAAAUAAAGAAACGUACCGUGUAGAUUUUGUAUCACCGAAGACAUUAAAAAAUCUGGAGCUAUUGCACCUAUUUGUACACAAUGCAGAUGAAGUUCAACGUCUGGGCACUACUAUGUCGGCGUUUAACAAAGUUGAAAAAGACCUAAUUAAACUAGGACCCUUGGAUAUCCUGAAAAUUCUACAUAUAUACAUAUUAAUGGUCUCGCGUGUGCGUAUCUAAACUUCGAGAUGGCACUGAGGAUGUUUCUCAGUCUGCCCAUUUCUGCUCCGUCAAAUGAGGGGCCAUUUUGCAGAUGAAAAUAAUCAAGAAUUAUCUGAGGUCAACAAUUGGCAAGAACGAUUGAAUGCCUUUGAUUUCGAAGUGGUUAUAAAUAAUUUCGCCUCCAAAAAAGAUUGCACAAUCAUAAUUCUGUAACGUUGAAGUAAGAAGUGGUUGAAGUAAACACAAUCAAUAUAUUGACAUCUUGUUAAUUCUUUUGCUGACUUGCUUACGAUCAGAAUUGUUUUAAAGAUACCUUUUUAGACUCAAAAUUUCACGCACAAAUGCCAAAUAAUAAAUGGGGCCGGGCCUAAAAAAUCCCCAGGGCCGGGCCAGGCAAGUUUGGGCACUGCUGUCAGACACAUGUAUACAUUGAUCAAAGCUUGUGUAAUGUGCGGUGGUGGUAUUCUUAUCACGGACAAACAAACGGAUAUCAAUUUCUUAUCCAUCAAGUAAACAUUCAGAAAUUCGUUACGUUACUGGUGGCACGUUUUCAAUAAUUUAAGCCAGAACUUACGAAUACAAAGCCCAAUGCUUCCUUACUUUAGUCACACUCACAAAUCCCUAGUUGAAAAAAAGUAGUGACGCCAUAUUCGGAAUUCUUAUAUAUUUUAAAUGUGCUCCAUUUGCAGUUCAAGACAUUCAUAAGCAGUGAAAUUAUUGAUCAAGGACAUGGACGUGCAAUUACAACCCGAUUCCGAUGAUCAAGUUGUUAUGAAACCGCAACAUGUUCAGAACAAGGGAAAAGUUGACCCACGGACAGGUCGUAUCGUGCGUCACCCUCCCCGUCCCCAGGCCCAACUUAACAGAAGAGAACGCGUUUGAUUUUUAAAGCACAAGACAUUUGCUUUUUUUGUCGCAGGAAUGGCCAUCCCCAACCCGUUGCUAGACCCGCUGAAGAGCAUCCUGGUCUACAACCGGCGACGCAUCUACAUCGAUAAUGUUUUCUUUCGUAUGCAUUACGUUUGGAGCACAAUAUUCCUCGUGACCUGUGCCAUCAUGGUGACCUCCAAGAUUUACGUGGGCGAGCCGAUCAACUGCAUGGCAAGUCCGGACGUGAAGGACAUCGUCAAGCAGUACUGCUUCAUCCAUUCCACCUUCACGAGGGGCAAGUUCGACAAGAAAGGGGGUUGGACUUAUGAACCUGCAGUAAAAGAGAACGAGAUCUAUCCUGGCAUCCGCCCUGCAAAAGAGGGGGAAGGAGCAAUUCACCACACUUAUUACCAAUGGGUAUGGUGCGUCCUAAUAGUCCAAGCGGUUUCCUUUUACUUUCCUCACUGGGCCUGGGAAAAGUGGGAAGGUGGCACGACUAUGAUGCUCGUCGGAGACCUCAACCUCCCCAUGCUCCCCGACGAGAAGAAGAUCAAGCACCGCAAAAAGAUAUUGCUCUACUUGCGUCGAAAUCGGGGGUUUCACACCAAGUAUGCCGUGCAAUAUGCUUUCUGCGAAUUUCUCAACCUCGUCAACAUUGUCCUUCAAGUUUUCCUCACUGAUUUUUUCGUGAAUAAUGCAUUCACUGAUUAUGGGCUUAACGUCUUAACUUUGACGCAAGAAAAGCCCUACAUGAGAGACGACGAGUUAGCCAGAGUGUUCCCCACCGUGACCGCUUGCCGCCUUGCGACGGGUGGCGUGGCCUUUGGAAAACAAAAUUAUGACAUUCUCUGCAUACUUCCAAUUAAUAUUCUCAAUGAGAAGAUCUACAUCUUCCUCUGGUUUUGGUUUCUCUUACUCGCAAUAUGCUCCACAAUCAGCGUCAUUUACCGAUGCCUCAGCUUAAUUCCUCCCUUCCGACGGUGGAUUAUGAGAAGUCGAGUUCGAUUAGAGACGCAAAAAGAAAGUGCGGACUCACUCGUCGACAGCAAUAAUUAUGGAGAAUGGUUUCUCAUCUACAAACUCAGCCAGAAUAUGGACUGUGUAACGUUUGGCGACCUGAUUUUAGACAUUGACCAAGCAUACAGAAAAUGGGACGAUGUCAAACUUCCGGAUGAAGAGCAUUAUCUCGCCGUAUCGGCGCCACGGCCAAGUAUGGAAGGCAGCCCGUACCAUCACGGCGAAUUUAAUGCAUAGCACAUAUUCACCUUAAGUGGUCCUUCGUAUUCAAAUGACAUCAAGAAAAAUGCCGACGAAAAUGUAGUUUGAUGAACUAAAUCUCAAGGAAAAAACAAUAUUGUCGCAAUAUUUUCAGUCUUCUAUUCAUGAAUUAUAAAUACGCUGCCUAUAAAAAACACAGACAUUUAUCUGAUGUUCAUCCACACUGUAAAACAAAAAUAACGCCAACACAAACUGCCACGAAACAUGGGGACAUUAUUGUUUACAUGUAAAUAAUUUAAUUACAGGGUGGAGAGUUUCUUGUCGCAAUAUGUGUGUAAUAAUAAUUGAAUAAUAAUAUUGGUGCUAGUCAUUCUCCGUAGGAAUAAAAUAAAGUGUAUGCCGUGCCUUGUAUGGUUAUUGUCUCUGCUUUCCGUUGCCGUUUUAAGAUAAGUAUGAUGAUAACAAAACAUAUACAAAGAAAGUAUUUAACGGUUCGUUGAAUCUAUUAAUUUGUAGUGGGUCCAAGAAAUGUACAUACAACUUUUAUUUAUUAAGAAGCAUUCUUUUUUAUUCUUUUUUAGUCAUAUUAAUUAAUUAAACCUACUUAAUCUAGUGUUGAUUGUGUUAACAUGAAUUGUAGAAGUGAAAAAUAAAUAAGCGUAUUUUGAUGCAUUUAA